CAGGGGGAGGAGAGGAGGUGCAGGAAGGCGGUAGGAGGGAGAGCCCAUGCGAUUACUGGGAGGUCAGCGUUUUAUUGCAGGCGUCGGGGUCUACUGAUGGAAAGAAAAGAGGGAAUGAACGGGAGAGAUGCUGGCAAUUUCUUUAUAGAUGUGCAAAAUGGCGCAAGCAGAUACUACUCCCACUAGUCCCGAGCUCAGAAUAUGAAGACCUAACCAGAUGAUUUCAUCUAUUCUGUCUUAUUUUAUUUUAUUUAUUUUUGCGAGUUUCGGUUUUUGACGGAUCGUAUUGUUUUUUAAAGACAGUAAAUGGCUCCCAAGCUCAGCUUCCCAUGCUUUCUUGGAGUACUCAUAAGAGCUCUAGUGGGUGUAACUUCUGGACCAGAGCUCUCCUUCACUCUGGAGCCAAGUGACAUAAUCGCCGUGCAAGAGCAGCCCCUCAUGCUGCCAUGCCAGGUGGACGGCAUCCCGCCAAUCACCACUCUGUGGAGGCGGAACGGCCGCUGGCUCACCGAGGACCAGAACUAUGCCAUGUUCGCCAACGGCUCUCUGCUGAUUGGCCACUUUCAGAAGACUAGGUCUGAUGGCUCGUCGGAUGAGGGAGAUUACGAAUGCGUGGCCCAGAACUCCUAUGGGCUGGUUGUGAGCCGCAAGGCACGAGUACAGGCUGCCACAAUGGCUGAGUUCCAUGUGCAGCCCCAGUCGGUGCAUGCAGAGGAGGCGGGGGUGGCCCGAUUCCAGUGCCAGAUCCACGGGCUUCCGGAACCUGUUAUCAGCUGGGAGAAGGACAACCAGCCUGUGGACACUGACAAUGAGAGGUAUACUCUGCUGCCUACAGGAGUCUUGCAGAUCACUGGGCUGCGCCCUGAGGACAGUGGCCUCUUCUGCUGCGUGGCCCACAACAGUGCCGGCGUCAAACGUAGCACGAUGGCCAGCCUCACCGUCUCCGGCUCCCAAUCUUCCGUUUACAAAGAGCCCACGAUCCUGGUGGGCCCUGAAAAUCUUACCCUCACCGUUCACCAGACGGCCAUUUUGGAAUGCGUUGCCACUGGAUACCCACGGCCAAUAGUCUCCUGGAGCAGACUGGAUGGGCGUCCAAUUGGAGUGGAGGGCAUCCAGGUGCUGGGAACAGGGAACCUGAUGAUCUCUGACGUCAGGGUGCAGCACUCCGGCGUCUACGUCUGCGCAGCUAACAAGCCAGGGACGCGCGUGCGCAGAACUGCGCAGGGGCGGCUCGUGGUGCAAGCCCCAGCUGAGUUCAUCCAGCCCCCGCAGUCCAUCGCACGCCCGGUGGGCACCACGGCCAUCUUCUCCUGCCUGGCUCAGGGCGAACCUCUGCCGCAGCUCACCUGGCUGAAGAACGGCCAGGUGCUGGAGCCAGGAGGACAUGUUAAACUCAGGAACAACAACAGCACACUCAUCAUCUACGGGAUCAGCCAGGAAGACGAGGCCAUCUACCAGUGCAUCGCGGAGAACAAUGCUGGCUCCACCCAAGCCAGUGCGCGGCUGACCGUGCUGUGGGCGGGCGGCCUGCCCGGGGCGCCUCGCUCUCUCCGUGCCGAUGCCGUCUCCCCCACCGCCAUCCAGGUGUCGUGGCAGAGCCCCCAGCAGAACACUCAGGACAUCAUCGGAUACGUGCUGCACAUCCGCAAGACGGCAGACCCAGUGGAGAUGGAGUAUCAGGAAGCCGUGGGCAAGAGUACUCUGCAGCAAGUGGUGAGCGACUUGGAGCCCUCCACCAGCUACACCUUCUACGUGAAGGCCUACACCUCACGCGGGGCCAGCAAGCCGUCAGAGCCGGCUGUGGAGAGCACGCUGGGGGAGGCACCAGCAGCUCCGUCUCUCCUCACCAGGCUGCUGAAUGCCACUACAGUGCAGGCUUCCUGGGAGCCCACCGGCAAGCUAGGCCAGCAUGAAGGCUACAAGCUCUUUUACCGCAAGGUGCACUCUGCCACCUUCUCCGGACCACUCACCUUCGCCCGCAACGUCACCGAGUACAACAUCACACAGCUGGACCCAGCACUGGUUUACGAGGUGAAGGUGCUGGCGUUCAACCAGCAUGGCGACAGCAACGCUACCGUGCGCUUCGUCUCCCUGAAGGAGGCUGCUGAGAGAUCAGUGCUGGGAACCCCAUGUAACUGUCUGAAGGACGACCAAAGCAAAAGCUCCUCCACUGCAGUCAUCAUCGGGAUUCACUUCGGGGUCACCUGCAUCAUCUUCUGCGUGCUGUUCCUCAUGUUUGGCUACAGGGGCAGGCUAAUGACGUGCAAGUCUCUGCGGGACCGACUGUCCGCCGCACAGGCCGGACACCACGUGCCUGGACAUCCAUCUCCCGCCUCCUCCCAGUCCCAGAGUACCCUAACUAUCAAUGGGAUCACGCACGCCAGAGGGGAGAGAAAUGGAGAUGCCAUGGGGAACAGACAAGGAGACAGCAGUGACUUAGAGAGGAUCUUCCCGAUGCCUUGUCAUGAAGGCGACCUGAGCUGGACACAUUUGACUGAGGGUUCGGUCACAUCCUGUCCACUGGAUGAGACUCAGAUGUCCAGAGUGUCCUUGGAGGUCUUCAGGCUGGUUUCAGAGGGACAGACAGAGGGCAGGGCGUCCAACCAGAUGUAGGGAGGAGAAGAGUUGCCAAGUGAUCGAUGCUCUCACAGUCUGUGAGCUGUACUGCUUUGAUUCUUAUUCUCAGGUCAUCCUGUUUUCUCUUUCACUUCUUUUCUGUGCAAAGAUUAACUAAAUUAAACCACUUCUAGAAAAGUCACUGCAAGAAGGACCCGUAGCCUGGGUUUCCUUGAGUGACUACUAUCGGGUACUCUUUCAUUCCUCUCAAUCUUUCUUCAGUCCAUUUUAAUCAGCUGCCAGCAGCAAGUACAAUAAGGGUCCAGAGUAUUUUUGUAGUAUUUUUAGCUCACACUUUUAUUACAGACUUUCAUGAAACAGUAUAUUGCAGUGUUCUUUUGCAGUUUGUCUUAACUCUUCAGUUCAAACAGACUCCUGGCCUGCGUCAGCCUGCUGGUGAUUCCAUAAAGCCAGCCAUGAGCGACGUGCCGAGCUUUUUCCAGGGAUUCUUAUAUCUCAGGUUUUUUCAGUCAUAUCAAAGGUUUUGUUUAAUUCUUCGGCCUACAUUGAGGUUGACGACGAACCCCAGGAUGUGCAAAAUAAACCUACCUCAGUCAGAAUGUAUUUUGGGUGGGAAACAUUGUGGACUUGUCUUCCCUUUUAAACCGUUCAUUUAGAGGUAGAGCAGUCUGUCAGAAAAAGAGGCUUUGUACUGUCUUGGCCGUUAGAAGUAUUCACACAAGUAAGAAUAAAAUAGAAAUCCAACGAAAAGCACUUCAAAACCAUGAAGUCAAUGUUCUACCUCAAGAUAAUGAUGUUGUUGUUGUCAUUAUUGUUAUUCUUUUCAUAAUGAAACAUUUACUUCUGUUGUGAGAUUCUGGCCUUCCUCCACUGUUAGUGCAGGAUUUGGUAGUACCUCAUGCAAAUGUACCAUAUGGCAUUGUUUAUAAAUUGUUUAUAAAUUGUGAAGUAUUUUUAUAGUGUUGCAUUCUUAGAUGUGUUCCUGUUUUUGCAUAGAUAUUUUACCUCAAUAGAAUAUCGUUUUAUUUUUAGUUGUGGUAGUUGAGUAAAAAGACUGUUAGAGAUGCACUGUACUGCCACUAAUAUCUUCAGGAUAUUUUUUACAGAUAUUGUUGUGCCAGAAGUUUGAGGGGGAGGAGGGAAACAUUUAAAAUUUAUCAUGUCAAAACCAUGCGGAAAUCGUGUAUGUUACAAUUGCUGUAAUAUGUAUGAUGUCUUUAGAGCUAUAAGCACAGAUUCAUCACCACAUCAGAUUGAGGAUUGACAAAGCUGAAUGUUGUUCAUUUAAAAAAAAAAACUGCUCCUCAAUUCUGAAGCCUCACCGCAAGCUGCACAGAAUAAAAAAAUAUAGAUGUCAUUGCAAGAUGAAAAUCACGGCUGGUACUGCGGACUCACUGAAAGGACUAGGGGAGUUAUCCAAUCAGCACGGCCCAAUUUCAUGCGCCUCCAACAUUUACUGUUUCUUACCUCUGACAAAUUCAAGUGAUCUUGGUGUAAGAGCUCCGGAGUACACGCAAAGCUACGAGUACAGCAGAACAGACAGCUGGCUUUAAGCACACAAAAGAGUGUGAAUCCAUCAAGUGGUCAAAGGAUCAGAUAAACCGGAUCCAGCAGUCUAUGGCAAGAGCGAAUGGAAAUUUCUGUUUUUCUGCUAUGAUUUACUGAAGUGAAAUUAACACUCUGUUCUGGCCUCCCUGACCUGUGUCCAUUCAUGAUGGAAUUGAAGUUGCACCUGUAACAUCAAUAGACUGAAAGAGUACACAUACUCCAGUCCCAGUUUGCCAGGAAGACUGGGCUUGUGUCCAGGAGACCUUGGUGCUGUUCGGCCAUACGGUUUUGCUGUUCCCGCUGUUCAAUAGCCUGACGAACGUGUCCCUGAAGCUUGCGCUUGGUCACCUACCUCAGCUCUUCAAACCCUUACAUUCAGGUGAUACUUCCUCAGUCUCACAGGAGGAGAUGCAGAAAGAUGUUUGUCAAGACACACAGGAAACCUUCGCUUCCCAGCUACUUCAUGAAUGAAAGUACAGUAAUAGCAAACAAAUGAUGUUUUCCCUGUGCAUAUUAUUCCAAUUAAAAUCUAUUACUGUUAUCACAUUACACUGGUUUUAACAUUAAACCAUUUGUUUGUUUUGUCACACAGAUGUGUUGACUAGAGACCUUCGUUUUAUUCGACUAUUGCAUUGUACACGGUUUAAAAGUUCUUAAUGUGAGAGACACUUCUUUAUUCUCCUCUCACUCAGUUUUGAUUAUUUUUUAAGUACAGUAACUGAAUUUUAUACAUAAGCGUCAACAAUCGGUGUUUGUAAAUAGCAAUUAAAUGGUAUGUCAUUUUUUUUUUUUUUACAGUUCUUCUUGUUCUGAAAGCAAUUUUUACAAAUAAAUAUAGAAAACAAAGAUGCAAAAGAACAAUCUGUGCAUAAUAUUUAUUUAUAAGAUGAUCCUGAAUACCGUGACACAGAAUUUGGGUUUUUAAAUAGAAAGCAGUGUGUAUUGCAACUUGCAGUGCAGUGUUUCCAGUGGUAUUUCUCGGUAUUUCGUGAGCAAUUUGGGAUUAAGUAUGAGCCUUCUGUUGCCGUACGUUUGAUUAUGUAAAUACUUUGUAUUGACAGUUGUACUUGUUUCUGCUGACCUGAAGCCCUGUGAAAGAAAGUCUGACAUCUUGAAUCUAAUUGACGGUGCACAUUGGAUUUAUAUAUAAUAUACUUUUUGCCUUUCCUUCACUAUUGUGUGUUUGAAAUUACAGGAUUUUAGACAGUAGUCAUAGUUAAAAUUGUCACUAACAAGUAAAAGCAAUAAAA